AUGGACAUCUCCCAAAUUAUCAAACCCUGGAAGCUCAACCCUCAAAGAAACUUGGUCUUUGUAAAUGCCACCAUUGUUGACCCAGCUGAAGGCAAACUGAUCCCGAAUGCUACAGUCCGAAUCUCAGAAGGCAGGAUUUUUCAAAUCGUCACCGAGGGCUCGACCAUUGCCAUAGAUGACCUUUCCGAAGAACUUGUGAUUGACCUGAGUGAAAAAUACCUGUGCCCAGGCUUGAUUGAUUGCCAUGUCCAUGUCGCAGUAGUUCCCGGCGAAGCCAAUCUACAAGCCUACAAGGAGAUGAGCGAACGGGUCAGUCUCCUGCGGCAGCCACACGUACUCAAGUCCAUGCUAGAUCGCGGAUUCACCUCAAUCCGAGACUGUGGUGGCGCAAGCCUCGCGAUUAAGGAAGCCGUUGAGGAUGAUGUAAUCCCAGGACCCCGUCUCUUCAUCGCUGGACACGCACUCUCCCAAACCGGUGGACACGGUGACUUGCGCGGAUCCCACGACUCCCAACUCUUCUGCGGCGGCUCCAUUUCCGGAAUCAGCAGGAUUGUCGACGGCCCAGCAGAGUGCUACAGGUAUGCUCGUGAGGAGCUGCGCCAAGGAGCAGACUUUAUCAAGAUCAUGGGUGGCGGCGGUGUUGCCAGCCCCACAGACCGCAUAGAACAUGUUCAGUUCUCGGAUGAGGAGAUCAGGGCUUUUGUCACCGUUGCGCGGAACGCGAGCACAUAUGUCACGAGUCAUAGCUACACGCCGCGGGCAAUUCAGCAGGCUAUCAAGCUCGGGGUGCGCGGUAUCGAGCAUGGAAAUCUUCUUGAUUUCGAAACGGCGGAGAUGAUGGCGGAGAUGGAUGUUUUCUUAACUCCGACGCUCAUUACGCAUGUCAUGUCUAAGCAGAUGAGUUUCUUGUCUGCUGAUGGCGCUACUAAGAACGAGGAGGUUCUUGACAAGGGAUUGAAGUCGAUGAAGAUGGCUGUUGAUGCGGGUGUGACCGUCUGCUUUGGGACUGAUCUUCUUGGUCCGAUGCAUUUUGCUCAGAGCAAGGAGUUCUCGGUGCGCAGUUCAGUUUUGACUCCAUUGCAGAUUCUGCGCAGUGCUACUGUCAAUGCCGCUCGGCUUGUUAUGCAGGAAAAUAGGUUGGGUCAGAUUCAUGAGGGAUUUGCGGCAGAUAUAUUGAUCUUGAAGGGGAAUCCGUUGGAAGAUAUCACCAUUCUGGAUCGAGUGGAGGAGAAUAUUCUGGCUGUGAUCAAGGAUGGGAGGGUUGUCACUUCACGCUGGGACAAAGUCAAAAUAGAUCUUUGA